AGCGGCACCGACGUAACUCGCCGAAAUUGGGAAGUUUUUGGAGCCGUGAGGUAUAUAGCAGUUUGACCAAUAUUAUCUUAACAUGCUUCAAAUAAAUCAGAUGUUUUCAGUGCAGCUGAGCCUUGGGGAGCAGACAUGGGAAUCCGAAGGGAGCAGCAUAAAGAAGGCCCAACAAGCUGUUGCUAAUAAAGCUUUGACUGAAUCGAAUCUUCCUAAACCAGUUCAGAAACCACCUAAAAGUAAUGUUAAUAAUAACCCAGGUAGUAUUACUCCAACUGUGGAACUGAAUGGGCUUGCUAUGAAAAGGGGAGAGCCUGCCAUCUACAGGCCAUUAGAUCCAAAGCCAUUCCCAAAUUAUAGAGCUAAUUACAACUUUCGGGGCAUGUACAAUCAGAGGUACCAUUGUCCAAUGCCCAAGAUCUUUUAUGUUCAACUCACUGUAGGAAAUAAUGAAUUUUUUGGGGAAGGAAAGACCCGACAAGCUGCAAGACACAAUGCUGCAAUGAAAGCCCUUCAGGCACUGCAGAAUGAGCCAAUUCCAGAAAAAUCUCAGAAUGGUGAAUCAGGAAAAGAAAUGGAAGAUGACAAAGAUGCAAAUAAAUCUGAGAUCAGCUUAGUGUUUGAAAUUGCUCUGAAGCGAAAUAUGCCUGUCAGUUUUGAGGUUAUUAAAGAAAGUGGACCACCUCAUAUGAAGAGCUUUGUUACGCGGGUGUCAGUGGGAGAGUUCUCUGCAGAAGGAGAGGGAAAUAGCAAAAAACUGUCUAAGAAACGUGCUGCAACCACUGUUUUACAGGAGCUUAAAAAACUCCCACCUCUUCCUGUGGUAGAGAAGCCAAAACUAUUUUUUAAAAAACGCCCUAAAACAAUAGUAAAGGCUGGACCAGAAUAUGGUCAAGGAAUGAACCCUAUUAGCCGCUUGGCUCAAAUUCAACAGGCCAAAAAGGAAAAAGAGCCAGAUUAUAUUUUGCUUUCAGAAAGAGGAAUGCCUCGACGUCGAGAAUUUGUGAUGCAGGUCAAAGUAGGCAAUGAAGUUGCUACUGGAACAGGACCUAAUAAAAAGAUAGCCAAAAAGAAUGCUGCGGAAGCAAUGCUGUUACAGCUGGGCUAUAAAGCAUCAACUAGUCUUCAAGAUCAGCUUGACAAGACAGGGGAAAACAAAGGAUGGAGUGGUCCAAAGGCUGGGUUUCCUGAACCAACAAAUAACACUCCAAAAGGAAUUCUUCAUCUGUCUCCUGAUGUUUAUCAAGAGAUGGAAGCCAGCCGCCACAAAGUGAUCUCUGGCACUACUCUAGGAUAUUUGUCACCCAAGGAUAUGAACCAGCCUUCAAGCUCUUUCUUCAGUAUAUCUCCCACAUCGAAUAGCUCAGCCACCAUUGCCAGGGAACUCCUUAUGAAUGGAACAUCACCUACAGCCGAAGCCAUAGGUUUAAAAGGAAGUUCUCCUCCCCCUUGUUCUCCAGUACAGCCUUCAAAACAACUGGAAUAUUUAGCAAGGAUUCAAGGCUUUCAGGUUCACUACUGUGAUAGACAAAGUGGCAAAGAAUGUGUGACCUGUCUGACCCUAGCCCCUGUGCAGAUGACUUUCCUUGCUAUUGGAAGCUCCAUUGAAGCCAGCCAUGACCAGGCAGCUUUAAGUGCCUUGAAGCAGUUUUCUGAACAAGGACUGGAUCCAGUUGAUGGAGCAGUGAAUAUUGAAAAAGGUUCUCUUGAAAAACAAGCCAAGCAUCUGAGAGAGAAAGCGGAUGAUAACCAGGCGAACUCGGGCUCCACUGCCCAAGACUGCAAGAAAUCAAAGCCGGCCAUCUAGCAGCUCCCAGAACCCACGCUGCCACCGCAUCCUUAUAAACCUGUCAGCACGCAUGGGGGUGUCUGUGUUCAAGGAAAUGAGUGACUAUUACCAUUAUUCGAGUCUCAUGUGAAGACAACACUAUUCUAACACAAGAGAUAAUAUACAUGGUACUGUUUACUCAACUGGGGGAAAAUAAAAGUUAGAGCAUUUCCUUUGGAACUUGAGAUCAGAUCAUAACUCAUUUGCCCAGAGGCAGCAGAAAUCUGAUCUUGCUACUGGAGCUUACAAUAACAAUUAAUGAAAAGUGUUAGAAACAGAGCUAAAGCUUGAAAAAAAAUGAUUAAUCAAGAAGUUGGGUUUGGUUCUGUUGUUAUGAUUGUUUUGUCGUGGCGCUUGUGUUCCGUUAUAUUCUCUCUUAUUUGAGAUAAUGCUUGACGAUUCGAAAAUUAACCAAUGAUGUGCUGUGGAAUGUGAUGGUUGCUGUGUUCCUGUAGAGUCGCACCAUUCUCUUUUUAUGCAGGUAUUUGUAAUUGUCGUAUAGCCACAUCAACUACUAUAAGGUGCACUACUCAGAGAUGUAUGCAAACAAAUAUGAAUCAGGUCAGAUAUUUGAUUUUAAAAAAUGAAUACUAGGAUUUAAAAAAAAUACUCCAGGAUUAAAAGAAAAAGAAAACCAAGCUGUUGUGGGUUUUGAAUUCCAUGAUGCCAUUACCCUCUGGAGGGAGGAGGGGCGUCUUGCCCCUGUGUACUCUUUUCUGGAUUCCACUCUCUGUCCCCACCCCCAUCUGUGUGUUGUGGCCACUUACUGCUUGAAUCGAGUGUCUUUGUUAACUGCCUCUGGGAUCAGGACAGUGAGUAGGGUCGAGACAAAUACUGUACAUGUCGGGGAAGAGAAAUCCUACUGGAGAAGUUUUCAGCCAGCCACGCUCUGGACCAGCAUGUUGGAAUCCAGUGUGGAGAAAAUGCAGUAA